AUGUCAACAGACUCCGAGCUUGGUCCGAUCACAUCCAAAAUUCGGGUGGACGACAUGGGUCUCCACUCGAUCAUCUCCAACAGACUGAUUGUGUUGAACAUUGACCACGAGGUCGAUUCCGACGAGGCGCGGAUCUUGGCCUUGGGUUACAAACAGGAGUUUCGCCGUGAGUUCUCCGCGCUCUCUGUGUUUGCCGUGUCGUUUUCCGUUUUGGGAUUGCUUCCCUCGGUCGCAGCCACUUUCCAAUACCAACAGGAGGUCAUUGGAACGUCGCCCAUUCCGUGGUUGAUCGCCGUGUUUGGAGUUACCGCGUUGGCGUACUCAAUGGCUGAGAUCGCCUCUGCGUAUCCAACUUCCUCCGGUACUCCCUACGCUGUCGCGCAAUUGGCGCCCAAAAAAUGGGCUCCAUUCUUGACAUGGAUCACUUGUUUCUCGAAUUGGAUGGUGCAAAUUACCGCUGCACCAUCGGUCAACUUUUCUGGCGCUAAGCUUAUACUUGCAAUGGCUGCGUACAACAAUGGCUUCGUAGCCACCAAUGGUCAGGUGUAUGGUGUAGCCACAGCGAUCAUGAUCAUGCACGCCGUCAUAUCUUCCUUGCCAACUAAAUAUUUGUCUCAUUUCAACAACAUGGGAACUGCCAUCAAUAUGGUGUUCUUGGCGAUCGUCUUUGUGAUCAUUUUCGCUUGCAAUGACAGAAUUGGAAUGUACAACGACACUAUUCCCAAGUUCAACACCAACAGCGACGCCUGGCUGCUUACCAACUUGACCGACUUCCCAACUGGUGUGGCCAUGUUGAUUUCUUUCUUGGGUGUUAUUUGGGCAAUGUCUGGAUACGAUGCUCCAUUUCACUUGUCUGAGGAGUGUAGCAAUGCUGCCGUGGCCGCUCCACGUGCCAUUUGUCUCACUGCUACUUUGGGAGGAUCCAUUGGUUUUAUUUUCAUGUUGGCAAUUGCCUACACCAUUGUGAGCAUCCAGGAUGUGAUCGCUGAUCCCUUGCAAUUGGGCCAGCCUUUCGUAGCCUACUUGGCUCAAAUUAUGGACAAAAAAUUUGUUAUGGUUUGUCUGUGUCUCACAAUUGUAUCAUCUUGGUUCAUGGGCUGCUCUUGUAUGUUGGCAGCCUCUCGUGUGACCUUUUCGUACUCAAGAGAUGGCUUGUUUCCAUUCUCCAAGUACUGGAAAAUCGUCGACAAGAGAACACAGACACCCGUCAAUGCUGUCAUUAUCAAUGCAGUGUUGGGUCAAUUAUUCUUGCUUUUGUUGUUUGCUGGAGACACUGCUAUUGGUGCUAUUUUCUCUGUCGGUGGUAUCGCCGCCGUGAUUGCCUUCAUCAUGCCCGUUGUGCUUCGUUUAACAUACUCCAGAAAAACAUUUCAACAAGGGCCAUGGAACACCGGCAUCUUUUCGAUCCCAAUUGCCAUUGUUGCUUGUUGUUUCGUGUUCACAAUGAUUCCAUUCUUGUGUUUCCCAACGAGUAAGGGAUCCAACUUGACCCCUGAUUUGAUGAAUUGGACAGUGGUUGUUUUCUUCGGCCCCAUGUUGUUGUUCAUAAUUUGGUUUGUGGUCGAUGCUCACAAGUGGUACAAGGGUCCAAGACCAAACAUCGACGAGUACAUUGUCUCAGGAGACUAUGAAAACCCAAACAUUACAAAAAUGAAGGAGCUGCUCACACCAAAAGUAUUUGAUUAA